AUGGCUGGUACACCCAGACCACCGCACCCAACACCGAACACCGCGAGGCAAGGCGCUCAGCGCCCAAAGAGGAAGGGAGAGCUCCUGCCACCAAGGGGUCAACCCGGUGGGCUGGAUGACCCGAACCGGAGAAAUCUCUGCGGUUCAAGGGUCAAGUGGUACCUCCGGUACCUCCAGCAGGGACUCAACCCCGAUGAAGCCCUGAAAAAGGCCAAAGAGCCCAGGGAGGAGGUUGCAGCACCCGCGCCAGCCUCGAAAAGGCGGAGCAGCAGUCUCACACCUCCGGUGGCCACCCCCAAGAGGAUGUGCCCGGGGGUUGUGGGCGCUGCCCGCGGCUCGGCAGCGGCAAAGGUGCUGAAGAACAAUGGGGCAGGUAAUCUGGACCUGCGCCCAAGCACAUCGCGUGCAGCGGCCACGAAGCCCAGCUCGCCGACACCCACCGAGCCUCGCCUGUCCUAUGCAGACAUGGCAAAAAAGGUAAAGGUGGCUGUGUUGCCCGUGGGCUUCCCAAGGGUCAUGCUCAGUCACGGAGAUUUAUCUGUGUUGGAAGAGGCCAUCAUUGACGAAGUCAUUGCGUCUGAUGGAGAUGUCGCGGUCUCAUUCGUGGGCAUUCACUUCCGGGUUGGAUUCCUGCUAAGGAUUGCAACUUCGAGGCUACAGUCGUGGAAGGGCGUGCCCCUUGAGUGCAAGGUGGGGGACGACAUACCGUCGCCCCACUGCAUCACGCUGUUCUGCCCCAGGAGUGCAGCUCGGUCUACCGAAUCCCUGUUGGCUCUGCUGAGGAACCAGAACAGGAUCGAGACCGACACCUGGAAGGUGAUCUCCAGGAGGAACGAGGGUGGAGGAGCCCUCCUGGUGAUCGGGAUAGAUGAACUAUCCAAGAAUGUUAUUGUGGAGAAGGGGCACCAGGUCUUUUCCGUUAUGGGACCAUCCCCGUAA